UCUCCCGAUCCGACUCAGAUCGUGAUCGCAUCGCGCCGCGGGCGUAGACGAUGGCCGGCGACGACCGCCUGUCCGCGCUCCCCGACCAGCUUCUCCGGCGCGUCCUCCACUUCGCCCCAGCCAAGGAGGCCGCGUCCACGAGAGCGCUCUCCCGGCGCUGGCGCUCGCCGCUCUUGCGUUCCUCGGGCGGCGCCGUAAACCUCGAGACGCGCCUCGAGGAGGACUUCGAGCGCGUGCUCGCCCGAACCUGGGGGGAGCAGCGCAAGAGCCUAGAGGCGUCGUUCUUGUCGCGGCGCAACGCCUUCGUGUCGGCGGCCCAGGCGGCGCUCGCCGCCGACGGCCACGUCACCAGGCUCACCCUGCGCGUGGAGUUCGAGUUCGACGUCAGCCGCUGGCUCCUGCACCCUGACGACCACAAGAGGGACGGGUCGCCGUCGCAGGACCAGGACGUGAUCGCCACGCUGCUCUCCCACCCGGCGGCGCGACGCGUUGAGUAUCUCCGGCUUGCCUUCGAAGGUCGGGUCCUCCGCAGCUACGAGCUCUUCAACGACGCUGAGAGGGAGAUCGCUCGGAAAGAGGUAGGCGAGUACACGCUCAGCCUCGGCUCCCUGCCGUGGGAGACCCUCCGCGUGCUCGACCUCACCAGCUGCAGGGACAUCCUUCCACCGGCCGCCGCAGUAGUGUUCACGCAGCUUUCCUCGACGCGGCUGCGGCAUUGCACCGUGCGCCUAGGUGCCCUCCAGAGCCUCAUCGACGCCGCGCCGGCGCUCGCUACCGUCCACCUUGAGUCCGUCGUCAUCAUCAUCAUCGCGCCAACAGACGACGUCAGCCAGUCCAGCCACCAUGCCUCGCGCGGUACUUCUCCCCCGACACCACCAACAGAAGUAGUGCUCCGAUGUCCGGCGGCCACCGUUCUCGUGCUGGAUAUGUGCAGCUGGAGAGGGAAUAAUCAAGAAGAGGCCGCCGUCGUCGUCGCCGUGGAGAUUCGCGCGCCAAAGCUGCGAUAUUUCUUGUACAGGGGGCUUCUCAGACGGUUCGCGAUGAGCCCGCGGCCACCGGAAUUGGCACGGGCGGACCUGCACUUUUUCCAGCCAUGCGACAAGAAUGGAAACAAAUAUCCACGCGGACGCAGGGAGCACCAGAGCGACAAACCCAACGAACUCGAUCCACACCGCAACCUCGUGAUGUUAUGGCAAUUCCUCCAGGACCUCAGCAGUGCCAAGGAGUUGAAACUGAGAGUGAACCACCUCGAGGACAUGGCCGUCCUCAGCGAGGCGGGGCGCGUCGAGCUCCUGCCUGUCUUCUCCAACCUAGACCGGCUCGAGCUGCAAGGAGUGCACCGGCCGAAAGGCAAGUCCGCGGCGGUGGCGAUCGCGAACCUGCUCCGCUGCUCCCCCGUGCUCCGCCAUCUCCGGAUCAACCUCACCACGGCGCAUCACGCCGCCACAAGAGUCUGAAGACAAGCUAGGGUACCUGGAAACGAAGUUCCUAUCUGACCGCGACAAGUCCAUAGAUCUUAUCAACCGCGCAGACCCGACACAAGUUACUCUCGAAGAUGAUGACGAUGUUAACGGUGCCGAGGUUUCUGAUAUCCCUGGUUUGAGUCGGCGCUCGUUCGAGUGCAUGGAGAGCUCACUGAGGAGAGUGUGCUUGCAAUUUCGGUCGGAGGAGCCUAACUGUUUUGGCGUUAAGCUGGUCAAAUUCUUCACCGAGAAUGCCAUGGUUCUUGAAGAAAUGCAUAUUGACGACGGAAACAAGAAGUUGUGGGAGCAUUUGAACAACAAGGUUGAAGCAUGGGCCGCUAGUUCAUCCGAGUGGAGAAAGCGGGGAGCAUCAAACUUUGUGAUCUUACCCCUUGAGUCAAGACAAGUAUGUAAUGAAUCAGAAAUUUGGCCCGUGCGUUGCUACGGGGAACAUAAUGCAAAAAAUAUAUGACUCGGGCUAUGCAGAUGUAGUGGAGAAAAAAGAAAUUUCGAGCCGAGACGUUCGUCAACUUGUCUUUC